AGCGCUAGGAGAUGUGCCACAGGGAGAGAGGUGUCUUUCCUCUCUCAGGGUUGUGAGCAAAGCUGACGCCAAGGCUGGGAGCAGAGCGGGGGGACAGAGCUUGUGGUCCAUCAACUUUUCCAAACCGGUUUUAAUGUAUAGUAAGUCCGUGUGCGUGCGAGCGUGUACACAGCGGGCGCGAGAUGACCUUCUGGUGGGGUUAGGAAGAUGAGCUGUGGUGUGGACUGUAAUUUCCUCAUUCACGUUUAUUGCAGUAAAACAUGCUGAGGAAACGCUGUGGUAUUGUGAAGCAAGAAAUAUGGGACAGCUAAUCACAAGGAGGAGCCUGCUUUAUUUUCUGCUUUUCUUUGCUGGCUGUCAUGAUUUACAGGGUAGAAACAUGAAAAGCCAGCCCUGCUUUCUGGGACACAGAAAUGUGGUGAAGCUGCCUCCGAGUGUCAGAGACGGGGCUUUAUCCUCAGAAGCGCCUUUUGCCUGUGGGCUCCAUUCAGUCGUUAAAGGCAAGGGCUCAAUAACCUGUGGUUAUUAGGUGGCAGCGAGGAAGGCAGGAACUUCGCCAUGGGGUACGACAGAAGCUGGAUCUCGAGGAACGGAAGCGAGCAUGCCCCGUACCAGGCUGACCGGACUCUGGAGAUGAGGAACGCCUCGGCUGGGCAGAUGGUGUGGCAGGGUGGGAACGGCAGCGAGGCUGGCGCCACGGAGAGCGAGGAGCCUGGCGAGGAGCAGACCUACCGGCAUUUCACUACCACGGUGCAAAUUGUCAUCUUUGUAGGCUCUUUGCUGGGUAACAUCAUGGUGCUGUGGUCAACUUGCAGAACAUCAGUACUUAAAUCUGUAACAAACCGAUUCAUUAAGAAUUUGGCCUGCUCGGGGAUCUGUGCCAGCCUAGUCUGUGUGCCUUUUGACAUUGCUCUUAGUGCCAGUCCACACUGCUGCUGGUGGAUCUAUACGAUGCUCUUCUGCAGAAUUGCCAAGUUUCUGCACAAAGUCUUCUGCUCAGUGACCAUCCUUAGUUUUCCAGCCAUUGCUCUUGACAGGUACUACUCUGUUUUAUACCCUCUGGAAAGAAAAAUAUCUGAUGCAAAAUCCCGAGACCUGGUUAUCUAUAUCUGGGCCCAUGCAAUAGUGGCCAGCAUUCCAGUAUUUGCUGUGACCAAUGUGUCUGAUAUUUAUGCCAUGUCCACCUGUUCUGAAUCUUGGAGUUACUCCCUUGGCCACCUGAUAUACGUCAUCAUCUAUAACAUCACCACUGUGAUUGUACCAGUGGCUGUGGUAUUUCUCUUUAUGAUUCUUAUUCGCAGGGCACUGAGUGCCAGCCAGAAGAAAAAAGUCAUCAUAGCUGCCUUAAGGACCCCUCAGAAUACAAUUUCUAUCCCUUAUGCCUCCCAGCGAGAAGCUGAGCUUCAUGCCAUGCUGCUUUCCAUGGUUAUGAUAUUUAUUUUCUGCAGUGUUCCCUAUGUGACUUUGGUGAUUUACCGCACCAUACUCAAUAUUUCAGAUAUUUCAGUCUUCUUGCUCCUCACUGCCAUUUGGUUGCCCAAGGUCUCUUUGCUGGCCAAUCCUUUGUUAUUUUUAACUGUUAACAAAUCAGUACGGAAGUGCUUAGUGGGAACAAUAGUACAGCUGCACCGAAGGUAUAGCAGGAGAAACAUUGUCAGCUCAGGUGGUGUUGCAGAUGCUAAUCUGGAGCCCAAUGUCCGUUCGGGGAGUCAGCUUCUGGAGAUGUUUCAUAUUGGGCAACAACAAAUCUUCAAGCCAACAGAAGAUGAGGAGAAUGAGACCAAAUCCAUUGGCUCUGGUGACUUUCAACAGAAAGAAAUUCCUACCACCAGUUUAGAGGUAGGAGAGACUUUGGUUCACAAAUUUAUACCACAGACGAUUGCAGACUCUGCAGUUCAGGUGGCACCAGCUGUGCCCACAGAAGCUGAUAUGGUAAAUGACAAGUAUUCCAUGCAGUUUGGUUUUGGACCCUUUGAGCUGCCUCCACAGUGGCUCUCAGAAAACCGAAACAGUAAGAAGCGACUCCUGCCUCCUUUGGGGAAUACCCCUGAAGAGCUAAUCCAGACGAAACAGCCUAAGUGUAAAGCAGAAAGAAAAAUCAGCAGAAACAAUAAAGUCAGUAUCUUCCCGAAGGUGGAUUCUUAGUAAGAGCAGGAGCUUUAAGUGACAGAGGAAGGUCACCUUCUAUUAUAUGUGUGAUCCCAUGGAUCUUUGUUAUGCUGAAAUUUGUUACAGGCUGAUUUUUUUGUGCCAAAUAUAAUUUAAAUGAACAAAAAAAAGGGAAAUGUAUAUACAAGUGUUCCUUAUUAAUAUGUUUUCAUGAAAAUAAUAUAUCAAAAGAUGGUGGUUCUUAGUUUUAUCUGUGAAAUCCCUACAAUGAUGCCUGCCUGAUUAACUUUCAAAAAGUACAUAUGGCUUUGGGAACACUUUGUAUGGCUGAAGUAUGGAAAUACGGCAGUCAGUUUGCUCGGAAACCUCAUGUUGUCUUAAAAUGGACUGGGUAUCAACUUAAUAGGAAGGGCUGUAGGGAGCAGAAGACAGAUGCAAAAUGGGUAAGUCCUAACCUCCUGUAAAUAGACACAGCAAGGUUCUGCACGUUUCAUUAAUGAA